AAUCCGCUUUGAACGGUAAAUUUUGCGUUUUGUUGAAGGAUUUUAGGGUUUGUGUUGGCAGCUCGACGCGCGAGGUGUGGUGUGGAGGCGAAGCCAAGACGAGGAGAGAGUAGCGACAGCUGGGAGCCAUGACCAAGCGUCUCCCGAAUUUGAUCGUGUGCAGGAAGCAGCAGCUCGGAACCGCAGUCGGCAGAUUGUGUGCGAAAUUCUGUUGGCAGUGUGACGAUUGCGCUCCAUACGUUCGCCCGUCGACGCCUGUGAGGGUUCGGGAUGAGUGUAACCAUGGGUCUUUUCAAGGGCAGUGCGGCAUCUCUGGAGGCGUCAGCUUCUCGGGCGUUAUUUUCGGCAAGGAGCUCGGUCAGCAAGAGAGGGAUCGAGAUUGUUUUCCUAAAAUGUGAGCCGAGGAAGUCCGAAGACCAAUUUGCUCUUUGAACAGAAAAAAUAAGUUUUCAAGAAAAGAGAGCCAUCGGGCAGGCGUGCUUGCAUGGGAGCCGUGACCUUGGGUAGCUGCUUUGCGACGAUUUUUUUUCCCGUGUGGUGGAUGCACUGAAAAGGCAGCAGAUUCAAGCGAACAUCUAAUUGAUUCGAGUUAGGUGACGUAGUUGGUACCCAAUCGAAGUGGGUAUCGCAGUUGGAGAGACAUGAGAAGUGGUUUGGCUGGAGCGUGGAAACCAGGAACUGCGAAGCCUGUACCACAGGCAGUGGCAGUUGAGGAUCUGAACGAUGAGACGAGUUUUACCAUUCACGCAAGUGUGCAAAAACAGAGGCAUCAGUUGUCUGUAUAUAAGCAGAGGGAUAACCUCCUUUAUCUCGUGGAAAACCAUGGCACCACCAUUGUGGUCGCCGAGACUGGAAGUGGAAAGACUACUCAGAUCCCGCAGCUUCUGGUGGAAGCUGGUUGGGCAGAAGGUGGCCGAACAAUUGCGUGCACUCAGCCCCGCCAGAUUGCAGCGCAGACGAUUGCAGCGAGGGUGGCAGAGGAAAUGCGGGUCACGCUAGGUACAAAGGUUGGGUAUUCCGUUAGGUUCGACGAAGUUGCAACUCGUGGUGUGACUCAAAUUAAGUACAUGACAGAUGGUGUAUUGUUGAGGGAAAUGAUGUCGGACCCACUCCUCUCUUCCUACAGUGUCAUCAUGGUGGACGAAGCUCAUGAAAGAAGUAUAGCCACCGACAUUCUUCUAGGACUUCUCAAAAAGAUCAUCAAGCGACGCCCCGAUUUGCGUAUAGUUGUUGCUUCGGCCACGAUGGACAUAAAAGCUUUCCAUGAUUUUUUUGAUACAAGCAGAGAGAAGCUACAGAAUUCAAUUCAUAGAGAGUCAGUGCCUAAUCGAAGUCCAGCUGUUCUGUCGGUUGAAGGAAGGACACACUCUGUACUUAUACAUUACUGUGACAAGCCCGUUCAAGACUAUGUUCGAACUGCAGUUUCAACGACAAUAGCUAUUCAUAAGAUCGAAGGGCCGGGUGACAUCUUGGUGUUUCUCACUGGUCAAGAUGAUGUGAAUGCAGCUGUACAAAUGAUCAGUGAAGAAGCGGAGAAGUUACCUCGGGCGCUGGUGGCUCUUCCUCUUUAUGCAGGAUUGCCUGCCUCUGAUCAGGAGCUUGUCAUGCGGCCUUCAUUAUCAGGACGACGGAAGGUCGUUUUGGCCACCAACAUUGCGGAGACUUCUGUCACCUUACCAGGAAUUGUUUAUGUGAUCGACAGUGGGUUUUCAAAACAAAAAUUCUACAAUCCCAUCACGAAUGUUGAAGCAUUAGUUGCAGCCCCUAUAUCUCAAGCCUCAGCAGACCAAAGAGCGGGACGAGCAGGUCGUGAACGUCCGGGAAAAUGCUUUCGCUUGUACACUGAAGAUGCGCAUGCGGCCAUGAGGCCAGAAAGGUUGCCUGAGAUUCAGAAAGGAAAUCUUCUAUCCACAAUUCUUCAACUGAAAGCAUUGGGAAUAGACAAUGUGAUGCAGUUUGAUUGGUUGGCACCACCUCCUGCAGAGUUAAUGGUUAGGGCAUUGGAGCUUCUAUUUGCUCUCGGUGUAAUGGAUGGGCAUGCAAAACUGACCUCACCUUUGGGGCAUCAGGUUUCAGAGCUUCCACUUGAUCCCAUGUCAGCCAAGAUGCUGCUCACUGCCGCUCAAACUGGUUGUCAGAAGGAGGGACUCACAAUUGCAGCUGUAUUGACGGUCCAAACGAUUUGGGCAUCUGGUAGAGAGAGAAAGGAGAUGGAUGAAGCUCGUGCACAGUUUGCAGUCGCUGAAGGGGAUAUGAUUUCUUACUUGAAUGUUUUUGAAGGAUACUUGCACGUUAAGAACCGAAAUCAGUGGUGCUAUGAAAAUUGUGUGAACUAUCAUGCUCUAGCGAAGGUUGCAAAAGUACGGUCCCAGCUCAGUACGUUAUUGCAGCAGCUUGGGGGACCUAGACAACAGCAGCACGAUGGAGAUGUAAAGCUGGUUGCUAAGGCAGUCACAGCAGGUUUUUUUCCCAAUGCUGCUCGUCUUGAGGCGGAAGGUGGAAAUACAUAUCGUUCUUUAAGGGGUAAUCAGGAACUAUUCAUCCAUCCAUCCUCUGUUUUAUUCAGAGCUUCACCAAAGUGGGUGGUAUUCCAGUCAAUUAUUUUCUUGGAACGGCAUUAUAUGUGGAAUGUCACAGCCAUUAACCCAGCAUGGCUUACAGAAUUGGCCCCUCAUUUUUACCAGCUCAAAGGUUGAAUCAGGGAUUGAAAGACCACCUGUAGGGUCAUAGCGACAUAUUGAUCUCAAAAUCUAACCACCACGUAAUUCAGCCUACUGUUCGACUAGAGCUAGGUAUUCUUUUGAUAACCUAUGACCUGGAAAUGUGUAUUAUUAAGGAGGGGUCAACCGGGUGCCUAAUAUCAAUCGGUCACGAUUUGACGUUGUUUGAAUAGACUCCAGUUUGAACUUGAAUGUAGUUGAUCUAAUAUCAACAGAAUGAAAGCACAGUGGGAAUGUGGGAAGUUUGAACAUCUUUUUUCCUUCGUUGUCUCAAUAAUGAGGUCUUCAAUAGUGACAUGUUUCCAUUGUACUGAUUCGUGCGUUUCGAAAGCAUGACGGUUUGCUAAUUAAACUGGAAAAAUAUUGGACA